GAACUAUUGUUCGGCGGCAUCGGAUUCCACUUCCACCUCCACACGAAGAUCAGUUCUAUACUAUAGAUCAUUUCAAUAUCAACACAGAAGUAAUCUUUUAUGCCCGAAGAUAUAAGAUUGUAGAUUGUGACCAGUUUACAAAAAAUUUCCUGAGGAAGAUGGGAGUUAGAUUAAAUACUCCAGCAAGUCGUCCAGAUGACCCGUACACCAAAGAGCGACAAAAGGUUCUGGAUAGUAUGAAUCCAUUGCGUCCUUAUGAGCGCAUUGACACUUUGAAACAAUUUCUGGAGCAUGAUGGACAAGUGUUACGUUUUUUCUGUGUGUGGGAUGACCCAGAAUCCAUGUUUCAUGACCCACGGGAACUUGUUCUGCACUAUUAUUUGUCUGAUGAUACAAUUGAUAUAAAAGAAAUUUUACCAGUAAACUCAGGCCGGGAUGCCGUUCCACUUUUCCUGAGAAGAGAUAAGCUUCCAAAGUAUGCUCCCACUGGGCUGUACCAGCCAGGCACAAUCACCAGUCGCACUGUUCUCAAUGUCUUUGGAAACUUAGUAGGAAACAAAGGCCGUUACAUUCUAGACAAUCGUAAGACAGGAGCAGUGCAUCAGGAAUUUUACAGAGACAGUGACCUGAAAAUAGGGGCAGUAAUUAAUGUUUGGGGAAGGAAGAUAAUGCUCUGUGAUUGUGAUCAAUUCACUAAAGAAUAUUACAGGACAAAGUAUGGAAUUG